AUGACCUCCUGGAGCUUGUUGCCAUUUGCCCUGGUGCUUCUCUGUUCCAGCUCCCUCUGCUCCCUGGUCUGUGACCUGACUCAGGGUCUCCAGGAAGACUUCUCACUUCUGAACCAAAUGAGCACAUUUUCCCUGGUGCCAUGUCUGAAGGACAGGACCAACUUCAACUUCCCAAAGGAAGCCAUGGAAAGCAGUCAGUUCCAGAGGGAAGAUGCCACGGUUAUUGUACAUGAGAUGCUCCAACAGAUCUUCACCCUCUUCAGUCAGAAUGCUGCUCCUGCUGCCUGGAAUCAGACCCAGCUAAUGCAACUGCUCAUUGGACUGGAUCAGCAAAUGGAACAGCUGGAGAGGUGUCUUGCACAGGAUGUGGAGUGGCAAGAUCCUUCCUUGGGAAGUGAAAACCUCAAGCUGGCCCUGAAGAACUACUUCCAAGGGAUAAGCCAGUACCUGCAAGGCAAAGAGUACAGCCACUGUGCCUGGGAGGUCACCCGAGUAGAAAUCAGGAGAUGCUUUCUGUUCAUGGGCAAACUUUCAAAAAAGUUCAAAAACUAA